AUGUUGCUGCCGGAGGAGGCGCAAUGGCUGCUGCUGCUGGUGCUGGUGCUCCGCCACCAAACUACUACAAACGGCGGUGGAAAAGUUACGUUACCGUUGUACGUUGUGGAAUCCGAAAAACAUCCACUUCUCGGGCGCGAGUGGUUAAAUACGAUUCCGGUCGACUGGAACACCGUGUUUCAUAAUCGCAGUGCCGUGAAUGCGAUUUCGAAUGCUACUCCCUCGCGCACGGCUGCUCUUAAGCAGAUACUGGAAAGAUUUCCGAAAGUGUUCGACGACUCCAUCGGGAAGAUCUGUAGUGUUCAAGCCAGCCUACCGUUGAAGAAGAAUGCCAGGCCGGUGUUUCUGAAGGCGAGGAAGAUUCCAUUCAAUCUACAGAAGACGGUGGAAGAUGAAUUAGACAAGCUUGAAGCAGAAGGUGUGCUAACGAAGGUAAACCAGAGUAACUGGGCUACGCCGAUCGUUCCAGUGAAGAAGUCCCAAGGCCGUGUGAGAAUUUGUGGGGACUAUAAACAAACGGUCAAUCCAAAUCUUCUCGUAGACCGCCAUCCACUGCCUACGGUGGAUGAACUUUUCGCGUCGUUAGCUGGAGGACAGAAAUUUUCCAAAAUUGACCUCGUGCAAGCAUAUUUGCAGCUUGAAGUAGCCCCGGAUGACAGGGAAAUACUUACCUUGAGUACGCAUCGUGGCUUGUAUCGUCCAAACCGACUCAUGUACGGCGUCGCGUCGGCGCCAGCAAUCUGGCAGCGUCAGAUAGAAGUGAUUCUACAGGGAAUCGAGGGAGUGCGAGUGUUUCUCGACGAUAUAAAGGUCACGGGACCGAGCGAUGAAGUGCAUCUUCGGCGUUUAGAAGAGGUUCUCCUGAGGCUAGACCAACAUGGUAUUCGAGUAAAUAAAGAGAAGUGCGUAUUCUUUGCGGAGCAGAUCGACUAUUGCGGAUAUGCCAUCGACAAGGAAGGUAUCCAUAAGAUGCAGGAUUCAAGAUAUGCGUCAGCCCAAGAACAAGGACGAAGUCCGGUCGUUCGUUGGCCUGAUUAA